AUCCGCAAAGUUUUAAACAAAAAUCUCCUGAAGAAGCCCUCGAAUGGCUCGAAAACAAUAGCGAAGAGACGGGAGAACUGUAUAAACAAUUUAUGGAAAAUUACGGUUUCAGAGGUUAUAAAGAAUGGGAUCUAAUGACCACCACUUGGUCUAGAAAUAGGUUGCUGUUAGUGACAACUCUUCAGACAAUGGUUCCGUUGAAAGAAAGUCAAAGUCCAUCGGUUCUGACCAAAGAUGAACUCAUAUCUAGAAUCAAAAGUCCGAUUACAAGAAAGCAGAAAUAUCUGCUGAAGAACUGGAUAUUACCGGCGUGUCAGCGAUCGGUGGCCGAUAGGGAGGCCUCCAAACAGUUUGACAUCAAAUGUAUGGACAAAUUCAGACAAUUGUUGUACAAAAUGGGAGAAAUGAUGUGUUAUAGAGAGGGACGGAUUCCAGAUCCGGAUCUCAUCUUUUAUUUAACAUUACAUGAAUUGAAUGUUUUGACUCAAAUAAGAGAUCCAAAAAUUGUUAUGAAAGCCAAACAACGGAAAAAGAUUUAUCCAAAACUCGAUAAAUAUAUUUACGACGAGAUGUCUAUCGGGCCUAACAUUAGACCGAGAAAUUAUACGGACAAGAAGUCUCAGAGCGAGGCGUAUAUGAAUGGGGAAAAUGAUGUAAUUAAGGGAACCCCUGUUUGCACCGGUAGUAUCAAAGCUAAGGCCUGUGUCUGUAAAUGCUUUGAUGACGCGAAGAAUCUAAAGGCAAGAAUUUAU